GCGAUCAAAGCACUGAUGUUUGUGGCUGCCCAGCAAGUCCGUGAGCUCUUGAAGGUCACUGUCGCGACCUCACUUGAGCUGAAGCACCACUGGGCGAUGUUCGCACUGAGGGGUGUCAGGAUGUGGAAGGGAUGGAUGAUUGGUUCUGCGCUCAAGUGUUACCCCGCGUUGUCUUCGCACUUUAACGUUCUCACGUUCGUGUGCACGAACAUUCGGG